AUGGCAGUUAGUGAGAAUCGCUCCAUCGCUAUCGUGGGCGUUGGCCCAUCCAUGUCCCGCUCUCUUGCCCUGUGGCUGGCGAGCCUGGGUUGGAACAUUGCUCUCAUCUCUCGGUCCGAAGAGAAUCUUUCAAAAAUUGCGACCGAGAUCAAAAAUGCACAGACAAGCCCCGAUGCUAAAGUGGUUUACAAAACUGGCGAUACGAGUGAUCCCAGUAGUUUGAAGACUGCCCUCGACUGGUGUGUUGAGCAAUUCCAGUGCAAAUUGGACGUUUUGAAUUACAACGCCGCCCAUGUUUCCGAAACAAACAUCAUGGAUCUAUCUCCUGAGGUUCUAGACCUCGAUUUCAAGAUCGCAGCUGUUGGAACGCUCGUUGCGGGGCAAUGGUUUACGCAAAAUGCCCGACUUGAUCGAGUUGCACACGGAGAAUAUCCUAUGUUUCUAGUGACAGGUGGUCUCCUUGAUAAGAACCCGCCGCCAAUGUUUGCGUCACUCUCUGUUUCCAAAUCUGCUUCUCAGAAUGUGAGCCGAUUGUUUGCCCAGUCGCUUCCAGAAAGAUACAGCAUUCUUGUUGGCAUGCCCUUGAUUGGGGGAACAGUCAUCGGCUCAGCAACAGAAAUUGUUCAAACCGUUCUUUGA